UCGCUGCAGCUCAAUGCGAAUCGAACCUAACCUAUUCAUACACAAACGAAUCAGAGUAAGCGGUGUCUUAACGUUGUAUAAAAAUAACAUUUAAAAAUAAGCAUUCAAAAGUUUGAAAUAAUAAAAUAAACAAAAAAUUUUUGAAAUAGCUUACACUGGCGAAUAAUCAGUUUAUUAAUCAUUUAUAUAUUCUUGUAAUAAUAUUAUAAAUUCAUUGGUAAUUUAAUUGAUAAUAUUGGAACCUUGUUUUAUAAACUGUUAGGUUAGACAAUUUCGUUUGUCUAUUUAUUUCUCAAUUUCAAAUUUCAAUAAGGUUUUUUACAUUUCAAUUUUUUUUAUAUUAUAAAAUGGCUUCAGGAUUGGAAAGCUACAUCAAUCAUACUGUAUCAAUUAUUACGUCUGAUGGAAGAAAUUUUAUAGGAACUUUAAAAGGCUUUGAUCAAACAAUUAAUUUAAUUCUUGAUGAAUCACAUGAGCGUGUAUACAGUUUGACACAAGGAGUAGAACAAGUAGUUUUAGGUCUACAUAUUAUCAGAGGAGAUAAUGUGGCAAUCGUUGGAGAACUUGAUGAUGAAUUAGACUCUCAAUUGGACUUAGCAUCGAUAAGAGCUGAGCCACUUACAUCUGUAAUACAUUAACACAGAAUCAUUCCAUUAAAUUACUAUUGAUAACUAAGAAUAAUUUACCAAAAAAUUAUCUACUUUUUCGUUACGACUAUAAAUUUAUCGAAUAAUUGGCAGUGCUCUAAUAUGUAAAUAUUACAUAGUAUAGAUAAUAAAUUAAUAAUAUCUACUCAAA